CGAACGAGGAGGUCGACGACAGAAUUCCGUGGGCCACGGACUUUUCCCCGGUGGACCAUCCGUGGUUCAGGGUAUAAAGGGUUGGGCGAUCAGCUCCAGGCUCAUCCUACCACGGUUACAGUCGAUAGCCCUUGUCUCACAAGCAAAAGCCUGAUCAGCAACUCGACUCUAGACCCGACGACGACGUUACCAGCAUGCCGGUCCUCGAUCAGUACACCUACGUCUUUGCCAUCGGCACGUUCUUUGCCCUGUUGGAUGCCUACAACAACGGAGCCAACGAUGUCGCCAACUCCUGGGCUACCUCGGUCUCCAGUCGAUCCGUCUCAUACCGUCAGGCGAUGGUACUCGGGACCGUAUUCGAGAUGCUAGGUGCCAUCACUGUCGGAGCCAGGACGGCCGAUACCAUCAAGAAUGGUAUCAUUCCCAACUCGGCGUUCCGUGGUGACGCUGGUGUCCAGAUGUUGGCUUUCACCUGUGCUUUGGCUGCUGCCAGUUCCUGGGUCAUGUGGUGCACUCGUCACUCGGCUCAUGUCUCCUCGACCUACUCGCUCGUCUCUGCCGUCGCCGGUGUCGGUGUCGCUACGGUCGGUGCUUCUCAAGUUCAAUGGGGAUGGAACCACGGAAAAGGUCUCGGUGCCAUCUACGCCGGACUCGGAAUGGCGCCUACCAUCUCGGCCUGUUUCGCUGCCAUCAUCUUUACUCUCAUCAAGGUCAUUGUUCACAUGCGAAAGGAUCCGGUUCCCUGGGCCGUCUACACCUCGCCCUUCUUCUUCCUCGUUGCCGGUACUCUGUGCACCCUGUCGAUCGUCUAUAAGGGUUCUCCUUCCUUGGGGCUGAGCAAGAAGCCCAAGUGGUGGAUCGUCUCGGUCGUCAUGGGAACCGGAGCCGGUGUCGCUCUUCUCUCCGCCAUCUUCUUCGUUCCUUUCGUUCAUGCUAAGGUGAUCAAGAAGGACUACACCCUCAAGUGGUGGCACUUCGUCUACGGUCCUCUCCUGUUCAGCCGCCCCGCUCCUCCUGACGCCGGUUCCAAGUCGACCGUUCCCAACUAUGCCGUCGUCCAGCACGACGAGGAUGAGGACGAGAAGGCUAUAGCGCAGUUGCCCGUCGUCAAUGAGGUAUCCUCCGCCAAUGAGACCCGUCAGAACAGCGAGGAACGCGAGAUCAAGGACGCCCUGUACACCUCGCCCGCUCCCCACUCUCCCACUCACGCCGGUAGCGAAGCUCCCCAACCGACUUACAACGAGCUCAUGGCUGCCGGUGAGGAACGAUUGCAUGCCAAGCUUCGCGCCAAGAAGGGACCGAUCGGAUGGGCCAUGAGAACUCUGCACGAGAACCCCAUGGGUCCCGGUGCCAUUUACGAACUCCACAACAUCCGGAUCAUGCUCAAACGUAUUCCCGCCAUGAUCGUUUGCGGAGCGCUGUACGGUAUGCACUACGACAUCCACGCCGCCCAGACCGGAGUCGCCGGAACCCCUGAAGGAGCUCGUAUGGAACGCGUUUACGCCCACGCCGAAAAGUACCCCAACGAGGUCGAGCACACCUACUCUUUCAUUCAGGUUUUGACCGCCUGUACCGCCUCCUUCGCCCAUGGCGCUAACGACAUUGGUAACAGUGUCGGACCUUGGGCUGUCAUUUACUCGGCUUGGAGCACUGGUACCGCGGCCAAGGCCAAGGCCCCUGUUCCUGUCUGGCAACUCGCCGUUCUGUCGGCCACCAUCUCGUUGGGUUUGAUCACCUACGGGUACAACAUCAUGAAGGUGAUGGGCAACAAGAUUACCUACCACUCUCCCAGCCGAGGAUCGUCGAUGGAGAUGGGUGCCGCCCUGACCGUCCUCGUCUUCUCGCAAUACUCGCUCCCCGUUUCCACGUCGAUGUGCAUCACCGGUGCCACCGUUGGUGUUGGUCUCUGUAACGGGACCUUCAAGGCGGUCAACUUCCACCGAGUCGGUCUCUUGGGACUCGCCUGGAUCAUGACCAUCCCGAUCGCCGGUCUCUUGGGUGGAUUGUUGAUGGGUAUCAUCCUUAACGCGCCUCACUUUUCGUCCUAGUGCGCUUGUUGCGGGUGUAAUACGUGAUAAUAUAGAUUUCCGAGCUGUCAUGACCAUAAUGAAUAUGUAGCGAACGA